AACGCUCAGCGCUCGUGCUUUGAAUAACUUCUUUCGCCGUUGACAGCUGGAGUUUGCUUGCAUCAUGUCGUGGUUCACAUCUCUUUUCUCCCCUGCGCAGAACUCUGCAACUUCUUCUCCUUCACAGGCACCUUCGGCUAACAAACGACUGCUCGAAGAGCCUGCGCUCAAGCCCGAACCAGAACCUGUCGUUGAAGCCCCCAAACCUUCAAUUCCUCAGACCGCUCAACCUGAACGACAAAAGAGCAAAGUGAUACUGGGUGCCGGACUUGCCUUCUUCGCCGUCUCACUCCUCAUUACCAGACGAUCUUUUGCCCGAAAACGGCUGGCCACCCACCCUGCCUUCUAUGCAAACGCUCCAGCCCAUCAAGCGGAACAAGCCCAGAAAGUGAGCGGUGCUAUGGAGGCAUUGGAAGCACUGAACAUUGCAACAAUCAACGUACUUAGCUUGUCAAUGAUGGCUGCUGGAGGGACAAUGUGGUAUUUUGACAUCAACAGCAUGGCCGACGCGAGACGAGUGUUGCGAGGAGGAUUGGGUGUCGAUGGGACUGGUAAAUCUGAGAAAGAGGCCGAGGAAGAUUUUGAGGAAUGGAUGGCGACAGUCCUAGCAAGAAAGGAUGCAAAAGGGCCACGCCAACCGCAGACAAACGAAAGAGGGCAGGAGAGAUGAAUAUGCUAUCAAAGCAACAACAACAAGAGUCAUGGCAAGCCUGCGACGCCCUCCAACUCCCACACCACUCUAUCUGAUUGUACUCCAGCCAUCAGAAAGUCACGAGCAGACAAUAAAGGAUUCAUCAUGCAGCCGUACCUGAAGCAAGUUCUGGCCGGCAUUGUCCAGCUAAUGACUAUCUCUUCGAGCUACUGACGCAUGCCAUCACACCAUGCUGUGAAUCUAUUGCAGGUGGUCACAGUGAAGAACGCUGCGUUUCCUCGGUCACGGUUCGCUUCCCGCAUGCAAGGCGGUACACUGAAGUGGAGCGCCAACGCGUCUUAUGAUAUAUAUAUAUUCAUCAUACUCUCUCGGCUACAGCUUUUCUCCCGGCCAUCGAUACUCAACAUAAAAGACUACCGCGGCUGCUCUCCACUCCAACACGGAACCAGACAAAACAAGCAUCGCCAAACCCACUCAUUACUGCGUCAAGCCAUCAUCAUCCAACAUUUGCCAGCGAAACCAUGUCUCUCAAUCCUCGCCCAGCCAAUUCUACACUUCUGAUGGGACCUUCGGGGGAUAUUGAAACCUCUGUCGCAAGAACAAGCUGAGAAACUUCUACAUCGAUUGUGGGGCGUUGUUCCUGACUGGUAUACUUAUCACCAGGCUCAUCAUCCUGCAUGUCUAUGUCUGGCGGAGAAGAUGUCGUGGCCGUGACUGCGAGAUCUGCCUCGCCGAGCAGGAGGACGACAUCCUAGAGGAUGUCGAGUUUGCUUGUGAUGAAAAGGCCCGCAAUUGGGAAGAAGGAUUAGAUGAUCUUGACUAGGAGGUUGCCGUCUUUUCCAAAGGGACGUCGUACAUGAUGUUUGUUCUAGCAAUCAGAGUUUCGCCGUUGAGGGCCUACAUGAUGCUAUAUUAGGAGUAGGGGGUGUGAGAUACUCACGGGACAGGAUAAGGUCGGGAAGCACAUGCUCGCUGUCGUUUCUCGCUGUGGUUCAAGACAUGAGACAGUUCGCCUAGCAAUUGAAGGAGGUCACGUGCCC